GUUUGUAAUGGAGUCGGAACUGUUCCAACGUGUCUAACGGCGAGUUGUCCCUCGUAAAAUACCGCUCAUUUUCAUCCAACUCAUUGUUUGUUUACUAUACACAAGUACCUGAGCAACCCGACCAAGCUCACAGCUUCAUUCUUCAUUCGUACUCGUCUUGUUAAAUAACCUCACCUGUCAAAAACGAGUUAGCCCGUUAGCUUGUUUUUAGCUAGCCAGUGGAGAGCACAGGUGGACGAGGUUAUGCAGCGCAUACAGUUUUAAUGUGGACAACAUCACGUUACGACGAGGAUCAUUAAUGGCAGCCCGGCAACCCUUCACAGACUCGGAUACUGCCGAUGAAGCAGUGAGGGCGACCUGUGACGAUGCAACCAUAUGCAAAAGGUUUGCUACCAGUAAAGGCUACUGGAAGGACCCCUAUAUCCAGUAUUUCGUAAGAUCUGUAGGGGAGCGGAAGGCACCAGAAAUCAACAGAGGUUACUAUGCCCGCGUUCAGGGAGUUAACCAUCUCCUUGAUGCAUUUAUACGGAAAGCAGGGUGUGACUGUCAAGUAAUCAACCUGGGUGCUGGACUGGACACCACGUUUUGGCGACUUAAGGAUAAAAACCUCAUGCCAAGGAAGUUCUUUGAAGUUGACUUUCCAACAGUUGUCGCCAGAAAAAUACACAACAUCAAGACAAAACCGCCUCUGUCCAAACCCCUCAUCGAAACCCACUCAACAGAUUCCUUACUACUAGAUGCCCACAGCCUCGACUCAGACCGGUACUGCAUCAUCGGGGCGGACCUCAGAGACAUCUCCAGUUUGGAUGAAAAGCUGAAGAAGUUCCAGCUUAAUCCAGAAUUACCUACAUUGCUGCUGUCGGAGUGUGUGCUGGUCUACAUGACGCCCUCCCAGUCCUCCAAUGUAGUUCACUGGGCCGCGGAAACCUUCCACACCGCCAUGUUCAUCAACUAUGAACAGGUGAACAUGAGCGAUCGAUUUGGCCAGGUGAUGAUCGAGAACCUGCAGCGUCGCCAGUGCACCCUGGCAGGAGUGGAGGCCUGUCAGUCUCUGGACUCUCAGAAGGAGCGCUUUCUGAAGACAAGCUGGGAGCAUGCUGAUGCUCUGGACAUGAUAACGGUCUACAGUAUGCUGCCCCAGGAUGACAUGGAGAGAAUUGAGAGUCUGGAGUUCCUGGAUGAGAGGGAGCUGUUGCAACAACUGCUCCAGCACUACAGUAUCUGCUGGGCCACCAAGGACAAACUCAAUCUGGGUAACGCGCAUGUUAUGUUACAGUUCCAUGGGAAUGAACGGGCAUGUUGACCGUAGUUAGGAAAUAUGACACUAUGACGGAUCAGUUCCAGGAUCAUCUGCACCCAUUGUGGCGCCAUGCUGUCCGUCUUUACUUUGUGUUACUAAUAUGUGUUGGGCGUUUUAUAUUUCCACCCAUCCUCUCAGUUUGAGUGUGUGGUGUGGUCACGUAAAGGAACAGGUCAUCCUCUGUU